AAUCCGUAAUAACGACACCGGGCAUGUUUGGAAAGCCCUACUAGGCCCACCGCUUCACCAUCCCAAUCUCUGGUGAAUUCCAUACUUCCAUUCUUCAAAGUUCAAAUAGAAGCCUUCGGGCACAACACAAGUCACCGGAAACAGAAACCAUGGCUACUUGUUUUCGAGCUCUACCAAUAAACUAUUCAAUACCAUCUUCAACUUUUAAUUCUCAAUCACUCAAAAGAAGAAAUCUCAGAAUUAAUUGCUCUUCAAUUGAUGCAAGAAAUUCGGCUAAGAUUCCUAUGCCCCCAAUAAACCCUAAAGAUCCUUUUCUCUCAAAGCUAGCUGCCGUGGCUGCCAAUUCACCUGAAAAGCUUCUUGAGCGACCUGUGAGUUCUAAUACGCUGCCGUAUCUUGACCUCUUCGACUCUUCCCAGCUCAUGGCCACCCCCGCUCAAGUGGAACGAUCAGUGUCGUACAAUGAGCACCGGCCGAGGAAGCCACCACCGGACUUGCCUUCAUUACUUCUCCAUGGGAGAAUAGUUUAUAUUGGCAUGCCUCUGGUGCCUGCUGUCACAGAGCUCGUUGUUGCUGAAUUGAUGUACUUGCAGUGGAUGGAUCCCAAACAACCAAUUUAUAUGUACAUAAAUUCCACAGGAACGACACGUGAUGAUGGUGAAACAGUGGGAAUGGAAACAGAGGGUUUUGCUAUUUAUGAUUCAAUGAUGCAGUUAAAAAAUGAGAUACAUACAGUUGCUGUUGGAGCUGCUAUUGGCCAGGCUUGUCUACUACUUGCAGCAGGAACAAAAGGCAAACGGUUUAUGAUGCCACAUGCAAAAGCCAUGAUCCAACAGCCUAAAGUUCCAUCUUCAGGUCUGAUGCCUGCAAGUGAUGUUCUUAUCCGUGCAAAAGAGGCAAUAACUAACAGGGAUACCCUUAUUGAACUUCUGGCCAAGCACACUGAAAAUUCUGUAGAGACAGUAGCUAAUGUAAUGAAAAGACCAUUCUAUAUGGAUUCUAGAAGAGCUAAAGAUUUCGGGGUAAUUGACAAAAUUCUUUGGCGUGGUCAGGAAAAGAUAAUGGCAGAUGUUGUUCCUCCAGAAGAAUGGGACAGGAUGGCGGGCAUUAAAAUUGCAGAUCCAUUCUAGUGGUGCUUUAGAGGUUUGUAAUGCUGGUUGUGGUGCACACAGUUGUCUUGGAUGAAGCUAGACGCCAUGGCCGACUUAAAGAUCUGUGUUCAAGAUGAUAUACUAGAAGGGUAAAAAGCCUUGUAGUGGGAACAAUAAAAUUACCUGUUGUGUGCAAAGAUACUGAUUCUGUACAAUUUUACUUAUCAUCUAAGAAAAAGUAGGUAUCUCAAUACCCUAGGAUAUUAUCUUUUCUUUCUCUUUUCCACCAAUCCAAACAAAGUGUUAAUUUGGAGGAGCUAAAUGGAUGGAGUUACAAAUGAUCAAUUUAUUCA